CGGUCGGUAGAACGCGUUCAGCAGCGCAACCGUGCGGUAACAACCCGCUAGCCAUAGUUCACCGUUUGCGUGAGUAUGUUUUGGUACACGCAGAGGCGUUAAAGUGGGUAAAGAGUGGGCAAUAAGCCGAAACACGAAAGCCAUUUGGAGGAAGAGAACACAAGCGUGGCUCAUAAUAUAGUGGUGAAGUGAGUGAUUGUGUAAAGCUGUCAGCAGGUGUGCCCGGUACCGGUGUACCGUUGAUUGGAAAUUUUCGCCUGCCGUGUGACGGAGAAGGAAAAGCGCACUGGCCAGAAGAAACAAAACUGGCUGGAGCAAAGCAGUGGGGCAGUGUGAGACGAUCGUCCUAAUCUGGCCGACGGCUAACAAACGGCAAACUUUUUCUUUCCCCAUUCAGCCUGACGACCGGCCGACCGUCUCAAGUGGGCAAGCAAACUUGGUUUUAAUAUUUAAUCGCAUCAUAUCCCAAUCACGGCCGACAUACUUCAGCUCAGCUCGACCGUAAAAUCCUCCCGACCCUGCAAGUGUGGAUUCCUUCCUAAUACACGGUGAAAAACUAUCGAAAAAAAGGGUGAAAGAGUGUGAAAAAAGAGGGAAAACUCGUACUCCGUUCGAAGCAAAACGGUGUGCCGGAUACGUUUUGUGCAGGUGUGAAACCACUCGUGCGAAAACAACGCCCAGUGACAGUGGUCCACUUUUUUCCGGUAGAACCCAUAAAAAGUGUUCGUUUGUGUGUGUGUGUGAGUGAGCCCCGACAUUCCAAAACGUGUGACAAAAGUUGUCCUGCCAAUUGAAGCAUGGAAGCGGUGGCGAAACCUUCCUCGACACGCUCACAGCCCGCACACUCGGUGCAGAGUCAGCAGCAAAUUGCGAUCGAAAUUAUCAGCGAGUCACCACCGAUCGCCCAGCAUCAGCAGCAGCAGCCACCACACCAGCAGCUGCAACAUCAGGAGCUUCAGGCGCACACCCUACUACAGCAGUGCCAGCAACAGCAACAGUCAGCGGCGGUCCCGCAGCCCAACGUGGACAUUGUGUUGCGCGAAUCGACCCGCAGCAAUCUGGUCAGCCGAAAAAAGCCCUCGAGCGCGGACGGCAAGAAGAGUUCGGGCCACAAGAGCCGGGACGACCAGAAGGGCGAAGGCAAGUCCGUGUACCGGAAGUUCUUCAAGCGCAUCAAAACCAUCCUGGACGGUGCGGAUCCGGACGCGGCCAGCAAACCGGAAGCCGAAGAUCUGCCCGUACCGGCACGCUACUAUCCGGACUCGCUAGUCGAACUGACGCGGACGGCCCGCUUUACCGAGGAGGAGAUCAAGCGAAUAUACCGCGGCUUCAAGGCCGAAUGUCCGACCGGCAUCGUGAAGGAGGAAACGUUCAAGGGCAUCUACUCACAGUUCUUCCCGCUCGGUGCGAGCAGCGGCCAGUACGCUCACUACGUCUUCAACUCCAUCGAUCUCGACCGGAAUGGCUCAUUAAGCUUUGAGGAAUUCGUCGCCAACCUGUCGAUUCUGCUGCGAGGCACCGUCGAUGAGAAGCUGCAAUGGACCUUCUCACUGUACGACAUCAACGGCGACGGAUGCAUCACCAAGGAGGAGAUGAAGGAAAUCGUAACGGCCAUCUACGAGCUGAUGGGCAAGGUGCCGGAAGGCUGCGAAGAGGAACAAGCCAUCAAGGAAAAGGUCGAACGGCUGUUUGAGAAAAUGGAUCGCAACUGCGACGGCAAGAUAACGCUGGACGAGUUCAUCGAGUGCUGCACGAAGGACGAAAGCAUCCGCCGAUCGAUAGCCGUGUUUGACACCAUCUUCUAAAGACGCAUAUCCACUACGCCGCACAUUUUAUUGAGAUAAAAAAAACACGUUCCUGCACGUCCAGCUUUCCUUCACCGAAUAUCUCUUGUCUUGGUGGAUAGAUAGAACGGUCGAUGGUGCUCAGCACUAGUACCCAUACAGCCGGGAGAAAUACAUUUUAUGGGUGACUUAUCUCACAGCAAAUCACAACGAAAUGAUGCUAGUGUAGGGCAAGAUGUGUGCUCCCUAAUUUUACGGUACGAUCUUCACUAUCGGCAAGACAGAAAAUUGUGGACAUCCAACUCUUAUCCAAAAGCAAACCAGCGCAAAGCUCCAGCCGUUAGAUGAGUUCCACUGAGAUGCCAUGUUUUGCAUGAUGUUCAAACCUUUAUCGACAGAUUCUAGCUCCUGUUACUAUGUAUAUUGGGUUAGAUGCAACGCAAAUACUGAAAGCACAAGCGUUUCACUUUUAAAAAUUUGCACCAUCUUAACUAACUGGGGAUCGUGACGCGGCGUGAAAAACUGCUACCGUACCGAGCUUUCCGAGAGAAACUAACAAAAAUCCUUAAGCCCUACCUGUACGUACGUGUUUAAUUCCAAAGUGAUAUUGUUGUUGUAAAAGUUAAUAGUCUCCCUCUCUCUCUCACGCUUUAAAGCUUCCAUUGCUAAAAAGAUGCAAUCAGAUGGAGCUCCAUUCUUUAAAAUCCAUUAAAAAUAAGUUAUUGUUGAAAAUACAGUCUUACUAACCUUAUCUCCUCAGAACAAAAAAAAAUGUAGAGAGCCUACCAGUACCUAAAACUUGUAACCAGAACAACAGAAAGAAAGCAGGCAAAAUUUAUCCUACACUAAUAAUAGCAUAACCCGACCCGUGGUUUGGUUAUUUUCUCCCGAUGGAAAGAUCUUUAAAGGCUUGCAAAGCACAAACUGUACUGUACUGCAUAGUUUGGUGUUAAAAUAGUUAAAAAAAGAGCUAUUUUCUCUUUCGUAAACAGCUGUACUAAUGUUAAAACUAAUGUUGAACCUUUACUUAAAAUUAGCCAGGUAGCAUAGCGUCCUGGCGUGACCAUUGUUGUUCCAUAUCUAAACUCUUCCAAGUUACUAUUAUGCAUAUAUUUAUAACACACGCACACGCAGACAGGUCCGAAAGCGUGCGUCAUCGUUCCGUCUCUUGUCGUUCUAUUCUAUAUACGAUACACUUACCUCUUAUUCUAAGUCAAGCUCCUACUUUUUGGAGCAAAUGUUACAAUUUCCCUAUCACUAUCCCACUCCUAGUGCUAUUACCUACCUUGCAUAGACUAACCUAGAUGUUGUGAUUGUGACUGUUAUCAGCUGCUCCCAACCAACCAAUAAAAAAAAAAACGAUGGAGAUUUGGUAAUAUGUUUUUCGCACUUGUAAACCUGGUGUGCUUCGCUGUACGUCUCACGUUCUGCCAACUUUACAGCUUUUAUCUUCUUUCACUCAAAGGCUCGGGCGCUCUUUAGGAGCUUCCUCAGCUAAACAUUCGCUGCCUUGCUUUUAUUUGCGAUUGUUUUGCGAUGAUGAUGUCGUCCGUACCUACACACUUUUGUGCGCCGAGCUGUGCACUCUGUUAAAGUACUGUUGUUUUUUAAGAGUCAACCGAUGUGUGCUUCAUGGUAUUUUUAUUGAAUAGAUUUGCUUGAUUGGCUAAAAUGAGUGUGAGUGUGUUUGACGAAAAUUGUGGCAGAGAGUGAGACGAGUGGAGAGGGAAGAAAGGUACGUCGAGGGCUUUCACCCUUUGUUAUGGCUUUUCCCAAGGAAGAGCAUUAAGGCGGCGGGAACUGGUGGCGUGAACAAGCAAACUUAUUGAUAGAACCGAGUUUACAGGAAAUCGAAUGAUACAAUUGAACUUUAUCCCGAAAAAAGAAAAAAAAAUCAUGAAAGGCGAAAGACGAAUGUUGUUAUUUAUUCAAUAAAGAAAAGUAAAACAAUACACAUCCUACCAUGCGCAAGGACACGUAGGAUAAACACUAAUUCUUAUGGAUACACACACUCACUCUACAUAUGUGUGCGAUAUGGUAAGCGAUGCGAAUAAGCGCGAACAGAAAGGCAGAAACAAACAAACAAAAAGAAAACAAAAAGCAAAAGUCCUACAUUUUAAAUGUCUAAAUGUUUCCACAAUGUCAAUGUUGUCUUCAUGCGAGUAAAACAAAAAACACCAUUCGUGUAACUUCGUGUGUAACGUAGACGAUAGUUCCCGGCAAAUGUCCGCACUGUGUGGGGAAGUUGAAGUUGCAAAUCAGACCGACACAAACCAAACACAACAUACACUCACACACACCAACAGCACACACAUACAACAAAACAGAAAGGGAAAGCAAGAAAUCUUACCAAAAACUAAUGAUCCAUAUUUCAGUUGUUUCGAUGUUUGUAAUACGAAAAUUGUACUUCAACUAUAUCAUACAAUAAAGAGUCCCUUAUACAAAAUAAA